AUGGCCUUUCGCGCGCCGUCUGCUUCCUCGGCCUUCGCCGAUUCCGGUGGCGUGCUGUCGUCGCCACGAGGUGUACAUACACCACGGAAGAACGGGGCUUCCGCGCACUCCCCGUCUUCUGCCGCGAAGUUUGAGCGUCUUUUUUCCCAGAGAAGCGGCUCCUCUCUUCUUGGGCAGGCAAGAGCCGCUGCUCCCUUCUCGUCCCCUCGCUCCAGCCUGGCGUUCGCGCGGGCGAAGGUUAUCUCCUUCGAAGAGCGAAGACAAGCUGAGAAAAAACCCGAUACACCGCGGUCUCCGCGCGCCUCGUCGGCGGCAGAGCGACGAGCCGAGGCUGCAGAGCGCACAAACCGUCACGGCGCGGUAUCGUCUUCCGCGGCUGCUUCCGCGGCUGCCGGCGAGGGCGCGCCCCUGGAGAUUCUCUCGUCUUCGGUUUCUGAUCCGCCUGAGGCGUCUCCACUGUCGCAGGCCUUCUCUUCUCGGUUGUCGUCCUCCUCUUCUUCCUCCACUUCCCUCCUCUCCGCGCCUGUUUCUGACGAGGAAGAAGAACCUGUCGCGGCGUGGGGGCGCGCGACGGCCGCCUCGUCGCCUCUGGAUGCAGCCUGCGCGUCCGGUGCUUCGAGUCAACAGCAUUCGUCUUCAGUCGCAACUCGCUCGUCUUCAUCGCCGCGAACUGGAGAGGAUUCGCACGCGUCUUCUUUGGAGACACACGCGGAGUCUGCAUGCCGCGCUUCUCCGAGUGCGGCGUCUUCCCGCCUUCGCGCUUCCUUGCCUCGCGAGAGAGCUGUGGAAAGGAUGUCCUCUGAGCCUCCGCGUGACAGUUGUGCGUCUCGCUCGGGAGCAAAGGUUUCUUCUUCAGAAGCGCGCACGUCGCCGUCUUCUCUGCGGCGGCCUGCAGAACAGGACCACAACGGCGCGCAAGACGCGAUGCUGUGCGACGGGCAACGCCUCGCGAGCCGCGAAUCUGAGCCAGGCCGCCGGUCGCGCGGGCGCUCAGCCCUCGUAUCGCCUGAUGCCAGUUCCGGUUUUUUUUCUUCCUCGCCUUCGCUUUCCACCCCUCCUCACCCCGUGUCUCCGCCGCUUAGUGCGCAGGGGGCGGCAGGCGCGGCGGAGGCACCUGUCUCUCGGCGGCUGAGUGAAGACAGCGCCGAGCCUCGCGCAUCGCUGUCCUCUCUCUUUUCGUUCGCGUCCUCUCUCUCCACGGAUCGCCUCCCCUUUCCCCUGCCUGCGCGGCGCGACUCCAAGGCCUUCUUUGCGUCGCUGUAUGAGCAAGCGCAGGGAGCGCCUUCGCUCUUCCCUGCGUUCGCAACGAGGGAGACAGACGCCGGAGUCCAGCAGGCGAGCCCAUGCGACACGCCACCGAGCGCGAGAAGCCGCGAAGGAAGUCACGCCGCGCCGCCGCCCGCGCCGCUCGCCGCGCGCCUCUCCGAGCACUUUCUGCCUUGUUUUCGCAAAGGCCUGAGGCAGGGCGACGGAUGCGACGCCCUCGUGAGGAGCUUCCACCGCGGCUUCGCCCGCGGCGGAAGAGGAUUUUUUUCAGAGGCCUUCUGGAAACCGUGUGCGCCACCGCUAUUAGUCCCGCUGGAGCUUCUGUGCGACGCGCCGGGGUUUGCGUACCAGUUUUUCGUCCUCCCGGAUGCGCGCUUCGCGAGGGUUCCUUCGCUCAUUGACUCAGAGGGUUUUUUCUACCGGUACAUUCCUGAAUACAAUGUUCGCGAGCUCGAAUUCUUCGAGCUCGUCCAGUUCGCCUCCGACAACCUUUCGUCUUUCUCCUCGCCCUCCUCUGUCUCUCGUGCUUUCCUCUCUUCUUCGUCUCUCUCGUCUUCUUCCUCGUCUCCCCCCUCCACUUGCCUUUCCGCGUCUGUGCAUGGAGCGGCGUCCGAGGACCGAAAACGCGAAAGCGGAGACGCGACAGAGGAAGACAGCGGGGAGACGACGCACGCCACGGUUAGCGCCAGCGAGAGGGGCGCUGCCCCGCCGCAGCCAAGAGUGAAUGACGCUAGUAGAGCGGACGAAGGCGCGCGCGCCGCGGCCGCCGAAGCAGCAGCUGCGGCCUUCAGCGGCGACGGCGCGCAUGCACCGACCGCACUGGGGAAGGCGUCGGACUUGCAUUCGCCGGCGGCAUGGGAUGGAGCUUGCCCUCUAGCGCGCGCUUCUGCGGGGGAGAGGAAGCGCGCGGGGAGCGUGGGAGGUGGGCAUCUUUCGGCGGCGACACUUCCGGAGGCGAGCCGGAGAACUCCGUCGCCGUCUUCGCCUCGCGCUUGCGCGAGGAGCGGAGGCCGCCACGAAGAAGGAAAACCGGAGGCUCCAGCGUGGCGUCCGCGGAGAGACGGCGAGCGUCCUAUGAACGCCACGGCAGCGCCGGGAGAAGAAGGAACGGAGGCAACCUGGAUGAUGCGACUCGUUUCGAGAGGCAAAGAAGCGGGCGCAGAAAUUGCUGAGGAGGUGGGAAAUCAGGUCCGCACGGCUGCUUCGCGGCUGUCGGUGUCGCUUUCGCGGCGCGCGUCGUCUCUGUUUGCGGGCAGCGAGAUGUUUCCUGAUGGCCUCCGCUCGAGUCUGAACUCGUUUGACUCGAGUACCCUGGAAGUAGUCUCAGAGAGGAGCGCCUCGCCGUCGUCGCCUUCGUCGCCGUCGUCGCCUUCUUCUCAGUUUUCCUCUCCCUUUUCUUCGUCCCCUGCGUUCUCCUCUUCCCCGUCUUCCUCUUAUCUCUCUUCUUCUUCUCCGCUCGCGUCUUCUUCGCCGGGCGCUGCGUCACCCCCCAGCCCACAGCUCGCGACUGCACCGCAGGACGCCGGCGGCGGACGGCGACGGCAGGAGAGCGCGGAAGGAGGCGCGCGGCCGUCGUCGGGAGCGAGGCGCGGGGGUGGCGAAGCAUCUCCGUUUGCCGCAGACAGCCCGGAGCCGCUCGAGGGCGGCGCGGCGUCACAGGCCCUCUCGAAGGCCUUCUCCAGGCGCAUGACAUUCCCGACUCUUGGCGAGCGACUGGAUGCACUCCGUCGCCACGUGAGUCGCCGCGCGACGGACUUCAAGGUCUUCCCCGCGAGUUCGCUCGCCAGCGCCCCCCCCACGGCCGAAGGGGCUGCGGAGGCACCCGCGCGAGGCGAUUCUAUAGGCACUGGCGGGCGUGAGGCUUCGCCGGCGCAGCCGCAGAAUGCCUUUGUGCCGUCGCCUCUGCGGACGUUCCUGCCUGUCGCCUCGCGGCUCUCGCUCUCUUCUGCCUUCCGCUCCGCCGGCGACGACCCCCCCAAGCGGGAUGCGGCUGCGCAGGGGUCCUCGUCUUGCCCAGGUUCUGUCUCCCCCUCGGCGCGCGCGCGAGCGGCGGCGAGCGAGAAGGAGAAGUGGCGGCAGCUCUGUCUGUCGCUGGCGUUUCUGAAGCAAAACAACCUCAUUCCCGAGUUCUCAGGCAUUUCGAUGGUAUCGCCGUCGCCGGCUGCCCUGCAGAAGGCCCAGCGAAGACGCCUUGAGGAUGUCUUCGAGGGCGAGGGCUCCCGCUGGCGCCGCCAAAAAUCACAAGAGGGCGGACGGCGGAGACGCUGCGAGCAGAGGAGCUCGCAGCCGCGGCUGCCCACUGCAGCGUUCGAGUCGGGCGUCGACCUCUCCUUCUCUCCCUUCGCUGUGCCGCGAGAGCCGGAGCCGCGGGAAGAUGCAGAGGAAGAAGAAGUCGGCUGUCGAACGUUGGUGUGGGAGAAAACAGAGGAGGACGCACGAGCCUCUGGUCGACGCCAGGCGGUCUUGGAGCGCGAGAAGACUUCCCUGAGCGACGGGCUGCUGAUGCUCAAGCUUCGUUUUCCACUCCGCACGCCGUCGCUACCGUGCGUGGUUCAACUCAAACUGGGGCGGAGCUUCGUCGGUGCCCACGCGGGCGAUCCUGCGUGGAACGCCCGACGCGCCGCAGACGCCCUGGGCAUCAGUGAAGCGCGGAAGUGCGCGGCGCUCCAAAUGCGGAGUAAAAUAAAAGCUGCUCUCUUCGAGAGCUACGGCCCGGCGACUGCCGCGCAGCUCCUCACGAAUGUGUCGCCUGCAGACGUCGGGCUCGGGGACGUGUUCCCUCUGCUCUCUGUGGAGCAGCUUCAGGGCCUUUUGAAGAGUUGGCACCACGAACGGAAACUGAUGACGACGGCGCAGCCCGCUCUCGCGUUCCGGCUGGUCUACGCGUCGUUCACAGAGAGGGAUGGAAGCUCAGGCUCGCGAGAUGUGAAGCGCGUUACGUUCGACCGCGUGCAGUGCGCCACCAUGAGUCCCUCCGAAGUCUUGGAGGUCCUCUACAGGCUUUUUGCGCUGCAUCGUCAGCUGGCGAGCGUGUGUCUGGUCAAGCUACCGGCGCUCAUCGAGUGGCUGCGGCACCAGGCGUUUUUCCGGUUCUACUCGACUUCACUGUUUCUGUUCCUCGACGCCCUCGACCCGGCGGCGAGCGCGGACUGUCGUUGGGGGUCGUUUGCACACGCGAUUCGCAGCGAUUGCGCGUCCGCAGCGGCCUCCCCAGUCGCGAAAGAUUUCACGGACAUGCGCGACGAUGUCGUAGGCUCCGCCGCAGCUCCAUCGCCUUCGCACGCGAAGGAGGAAGACUCGAUCAGCGACGUGAACGCAGGCGUGAUCGAGGGGCUCGAGGCAAUUCUCGGUCUCGCUCGGGAGUGUCUGUGGGGCCCUGACCGAGGGGGCCGGAAGGGGGGAAUGCUGCGACGCGAGGGCGGCGCCGAGGCCGGCGAGACGCGCACAUUAGAUUACUUGUUUCACGGGAUCUAA